UAUCUACAUUCAGCGAAUAGGCUAUUCGUGGUUCGACGAUGUUUGAACGGUUAAUCAUUAUGUUUAUGGUCGUUGGUUUUAUAUCAUCUAAACCUUUCGUUUGCGGAGAUCCUCGACAUGGUUUUGGACCAGGCAAACAAGAUUGGGGCUUUGUGGAGGUUCGUCCUGGCGCGCAUAUGUUUUGGUGGCUGCACUACACAACCGACACGAACGCACAGCACUACACCAACCGCCCACUCAUAGUUUGGCUGCAAGGCGGACCCGGAGCGUCCUCCACGGGCUACGGUAACUUUGAAGAGAUAGGUCUACUGGAUAGCAAUUUGCGCGAAAGACAACACUCAUGGGUGAAGAACUACAAUGUUUUGUUUGUCGACAAUCCAGUUGGAAGUGGGUUUAGCUAUGUGGAAAAGGAUUUGUUACUGGCGAAAGAUAAUGCGCAGAUUGGACAAGAUUUGGUUACGAUGAUUAAGACGUUUUAUCAAUCGCAUGAAAUGUUUCGCGAAACACCCACGCACAUAUUCUCUGAAAGCUAUGGAGGCAAAAUGGCUGUGGAGUUUGCUUUUAAGUUGAAUAGUGCGAUCAAGCACGAUAUUUUUGGUUGCAACCUAAAAUCAGUAGCCUUGGGCGCUCCUUGGAUCUCGCCAACGGACUCAAUUACUUCGUGGGCUCCAUUUCUACUUAACCUAGGUUUUGUUGAUACCAAAGGCUUCGGAAUGAUUCAAGAUAUGGCGAAAAAUAUUCAUAAUCUUAUACAAAGAAACGAAACGGACAAUGCGACAAAAAUUUGGAAUAAAUUGGAGCAAGUUGUGACAAAUGAGACUUUAGGAAUCGAUUGCUAUAAUGUACUGGUGCCGCAGCAGUUCAAUCAAUAUAAUGUUGAUGACCACGAUGAAGGUGUUCCGGCCUAUAGCGAAAAUGGACGAUCUACUUCUUUUAGUGGCAAGCAUCACCUUGAAACCUUGAUGAGAGGACCAGUUAGUACAGCUUUAUCAAUACCCGACUACGUUCUAUGGGGUUCACAGAAGGAAAUGGUUUUUGCAGCCCUGUCCGAGGAUUUUAUGAAAUCUGCGAUUUUAUCGGUUGAGCUUCUUCUAAAUAGGACUAAUAUUGAUAUCAUCAUCUAUACGGGGCAACUUGACUUGAUAGUUUGUACACCUGGAACAGUACGCUGGGUAGAGAAACUGCGGUGGCCUGGACAUAGUGGAUACAUAUCUGCACCAAGAAUGGGAAUAGGAUCCUCUGGCAUCCUAGAAGGCUACACAAAAAGCUACGGCAAACUUUCGAUGUAUUGGGUUAAUAGAGCGGGACACAUGGUUCCUGUAGACAACCCUAUGACAAUGCGAUAUAUUUUAAAGAAACACGUCGGCGUCUGA